UUUUUCUAGUGGCAUGUGAUGACCUGCCAUUGUGUGACAUUGCUGCUAAGGCAAAUAAGCUGUAUCUGGCCCGAGCUACACGUGCACCAUUGCGGGAGCCACGACGUCCGCUACCUGUGGCUGCAGCAGCCGCAGCAGGAUUUAGAGGACAGGACCCACCUGUCACUAAACCGUAUUGCGCUUAUCACAGGGAUUUUGGCCACGCGACAUACGAAUGCCGGGAAAAACCAAGGGGGCAGGUGUGCUGGCGAUGUGCACGCGCAGGGCACUUCCGUCUUAACUGCCCCUUUCCAGCAGGCCGGACAGGUGAUGGCCCACGCCCCUCUGGCUCAGAAUUCGACGGGUCCAGUCCAGGUCAGUAACAUUAACACUGUCAGGUCGCCAAAACCACAGAGGGAACGACGAGUGAGAGCCAGGCCAGCCCGGAAGGUGUUAACCGGGAGGCCCAUGACUGAACUGUGUAUGGCAGGCAAGAGGCUGAAGUGCUUCAUAGACACGGGUAGUUCAGUCUCGCUGAUAAAAUACUCGGCUAUAUUGGGCUUACACCUUGCAUCUCGGGGGCGUGCGGCUCGAGCUCUUGCUGGUAUAUCAGGUCAAGGUCUCCAUACCAUUGAAGAGAGGGACAUCAUGGUCGGCAUUCCUCGUGGGGAGAGAGCAGUACAUCGCUUCAUCGUAGUCAAAGAUUGUCAAUUUCCGGGUGAUGUCUUAAUAGGUAUCGACUUUCUUAGACGCUUCUCAUUCACCUUUCAGCAUAAUAGCAGGCCCAGCUAUUCUUUUCUGAGAAUUGGGAACAUAGAAUUACCAGUCACUUUUACAGAUUCCCCCUCACUCGGUGUGCUGGCAGUAAAGGUGAAACGUGAGGAAAUUUUCAAUUUACGCUCCCUUUUCGGAAGUCCUCCCUUACCGGGUGCACGAGUAAGGAGAACUGUAAUGAUGCCGCCUCACUCUGGUAAAUUCGUACCCGCAACAGUGAGUAUUCCCGAUAGCGAUGUUUUGGUAGAGGGAAAUAUCGGAGAUUUACUAAUACCAAGGUCUCUUUGCAGAAAGACCAGUAACAUCAUCAACGUAUGGGUUGUGAACCUGGGUCAUAAGCCAGUGAAGUUACGCAAUGGGAGCUUUCUCUCGGUAGUAACCCCUAUUAGCGAGUUCCCUCAGGUUGCGGCAGCAGAUUUACAGGAAGACUGCACGCAGUUGACAGAUGACAACGAACCCCCAGGGCAGUUGCCCGCCCUGAAUCACCUUUCCAGCUUACAGAGUGAUGCCUUGCUGGCACUGUUGCAGUCACACCAGUCACUCUUCGAUGGUAAAAAGUCAGAAGUGGGAGUAGUCCCAGGCAUCUACCAUUCAAUACCCACAGGUGAUGCACAACCUAUUAUGACGAGGCAGUGGAGACUACCCCAAAUUUCUAAGCAGAUUAUCAGAGAGGAGUGUGAGAAGAUGCUGGAUAGUGGCGUGAUAGAACCAUCCACCUCUCCAUGGUUAUCUCCAAUAGUUCUGGUGAAGAAGCGUGAUGGCAGCCAUCGAUUCUGCGUAGAUUUUCGCAGGAUUAAUGCUGUCACCACGAGUGAUUCUUACCCCCUUCCUCGCAUGGAGGAGUUAAUAGAUACGUUAGGCAAGAGUAAGAUAUUUACAGUUCUUGAUGCCAGGUCAGCUUAUUGGUCCAUCGAGCUGACGCCGUCGGAUCGCCCCAAGACCGCAUUUUCAGAUGGUGCUGCACUGUGGCAGUUCAGGAGAAUGCCUUAUGGGUUGAAGACGGCAGGUGCUACGUACCAGCGUAUGAUUAACUUCAUACUGUCACCUACCUUAGGUAAGCAUACCCUGGCCUAUCUUGAUGAUGUGGUCAUCCAUUCCCUCGAUUUUAACACGCACAUGAGCGAUCUGGCAGAGACCCUGGCUUUAUUAAAAGGAGCUGGUUUUAAAUUGAAUGUCGACAAAUGUAGUUUUGCUAUGGAUAGCAUAAAGCUACUUGGGUUUGUUGUUUCAGCCGAAGGGGUGGCCCCAGACCCAGCGAAGGUGAAGGCAAUAAAUGAGAUGCAGACUCCACGCAGCGUAAAAGAGGUUCGCAGCUUCCUCGGAGCAAGCGGCUUCUUUAGACGCAACAUUGAAGGGUAUGCGACUAUCGCUGCCCCCUUAACAUCUCUCACGCGCAAGGACAGGCGUGAAUGCACCUUUCCUAUUGGCAUGACGAAUCACCAGACGCGUGCCGGUCACAUUGGAGGUCGUCAGUUAGACCUCAUUGCUGCCAGGGAUGCUGCGGUCACUGGUACUCAAAGGGUGAGAGAAGAUAACAUGGAAGCGGUUGACCGCAAGACGAAAGCCACGCCAGAGCUUACCAUUGGUUCUUUAGUAAUUAAGAAACGGCAGGCACCAGGUAAGGCAGGUGGUUUGGCUUCCAGAUGGAUUGGCCCUCUACGCAUUAUUAAAAAAGUAGGUCCAGUGUCGUACAUCCUCAGAGACAUUGUUAAUCAAACAGAACAUAGGGUUCAUAGGAACCAGAUUAUACCCUUCCGAACUGAUAGUGAGUGUCGGUUGGUAACUCCUGAUGGUGUUGAGGAGCCCAUGCCAGAUGUGGAGUCAGAUGUAGACGACCCACUGAAUGUACUUUUACUUGGUCUUGUCAGACCUAUGUAAUUUUCUUUUUAUUGAUUAUUUAGCUAGCUAGCAUUUGUUUAUAAACGGUCCGUCUUUAUGCAUAUUUUAAGAAUGUUUGUAAUUGGUGCAGCAUCUAAAGAAGCGGUUGUUUGUAAGGGGAUCACAAUACAGAUAGAAACAUCACACCGUUGAUGUGUAGCGCAGGGUCAGUACACUAUGUUUACCUGUAUGCUUGGUUGGCAGGUGUAUGGUCACUAUCCAGAGCAGAGCAGUUUCCAUGAUGCCCACUGGCGUUCCACCAGAGCAAUGCAGCCUCCAGGACGUCCACCGGUACUCCGCAUGUGUCCCCAGGCGAAGCUAUCCAGUUCGCUCUCCUCAUUCAAGUCA